AUGAUGAACACUAAAAUGAUGAAGGAUGAAGUCUUCAAACAAGACAUGACCGAUGAAAUGCUCAGUGCUUGCCAGAGAGCUGCCCGUCAAGCGCUUAAUGAGCAAAGCAGCUACGGUAAUCAAACCAAUAAGGAGCAGACAUUGGCCUCAUUCGUGCGAAAACAACUGGAGAAACAGUAUCCUGGCACUUGGAGUUGUGUUUGCGGCCAAAGAUUUGGCAGUGAAAUCGCUUAUGUAAAGGACAACUUUGCUUUCUUCUCGGUGGAUGGAAUGUCCUUCAUGGUGUUCAAAGCAGCCGAGCACCGAUAA